AUGAUGAAACUACGUCGUCUUGAUACAUUUUCAUAUUUAACUAUUUUAAGGAAAUAUUUUAAAUUAUUAUUAUCAUUAUUUUAUAUACCAUUAUUAUUACAAUGGACACAUAUUCUGAAUAUGCUUGAUUAUACAUAUGUACAUAAUUUAUUUAGUCUUAUACAUCGUACAUCAGUUGCAAGUCAUUUAUUUGUUUGUGAAGGAAUACAUUUAGACGAAAGUGCUGAAUUAAUUGUUUGUGGUCGUAUUGAAAUGAUUUUAAUAUCAAUCAAUAUUAUUAAAGAAGAUUUUAAUAAUCUUAAUUGUCCUCUAGAUAUAACACCAAAAAUUGAUACACAAAAGCUUAAAAAUGUAACUCGUAAAAAAUGA